UAAUAGUGGUGAAUUGGCCUUGGCGUAGGCCAAGGGGGAUUUUGAGUAUUUUCUUAGCGUCCUACAAUGGAAAUCCUGUAAUUUAACCUUCAAGAUCCAUCUCUGUAUUGUUUUUAACAUGUGGAAAUAUGUAUCACGCCGCAUCAGGGACACGUUAGAGAGGAACGUUGCCCAUUUCGACAGACGUAGUACUACAGGUUAUGGAAACACAAAUGGUUGUUCUGAAGAUAAGGAUAAGCGAUCUCCUUCAUGCCGUUGGUAUUCGAGAUGCUGUGGCUCUUAUCAAAAUGAUAACAACACCAACAGUAAUAGGUGGAACUUCGAACAGCUAAACCGCAGUUGGAUAGGUGCCAUCACAUGGAGCAGUGCCCUAGUUGUUGGGUGGUAUGCCAGUCAACUGCUUCACUUAAAAUACAAGUACCAUCUCAAGGAUUCCUCUACGAAAUGUCCAUCAAUAAAUGGCAUAUUUUCUGCUUUGUAUCCAUAUGUGAAAUUUGUUAAGAAAAAUGAUGGAGUCUUAAAACCUAUUCCUAACAUUGAGAAUGUGUUAAGGGGCUUUACUCCUACAGUACAUUUUAUAACAAAUGAACAUGCUGAAGAGAAACAUCAUAAUUCAAGCAGUGGUGCUUGUAGUACUGAUUCAUCAGAAAAUGAUUUAGGAGAAGUUCUCAAUUCCAUUGAGAACAAAUUAGGGCUCGCUGCUCUUGAAAAUGGCCACCACCAAGAUGGCUUGAACCUUCUCAGGUCCGCAGCAAAUCGUAACCAUGCACCAGCUCAGUACAAUUUAGGGUUGUGUUAUGAGAUGGGUCUUGGAGUUGCUGCUGACGAAAAAAUGGCUAUGGAGUUGUACCGAUCAGCCGCUGCUCGGGAACACCCUGCAGCCCUUUACAAUUUGGGGAUCUACUAUGGGCAGGGCAGAGGAGGCCUCAAGCGGGAUGUAGCCACUGCCACUCGUUUGCUUCGUCUAGCUGCUGUGCAGGGUCAGCAAGAUGCCAUUACAGCUCUAAAAGAACUUGAAGAAGACAUCGUUGAAGCAAAGCCGAGGAACGAAGACGACCGGUCGACGUAUGCCUAUCCGUCUGCGCCAUACCUACAUAAUGACAAUAGUAAUAUUGUGCCAGCCCACGCUACUCUUUUUGUUGAAAAUGCACAAAUGCUUCGUCCUCAAAUUUAUUAAUUUUUCUUUGUUGGGUCGACUAUAAAACGUUCCGACGUAUUUUUGUUAUUUUAAUCAAUUAUUUUGUUAAUAAGCCAUUUAGUCGAACAAUCAUCCUAUAAGGGGUCAUCCAUUAAUUACGUCACACGAAUUUCUAGGUUUUUUUACCCCUCCCCCCCUCCUUGUCACACUUGGUCACAUUUGGCAAACCCCUCCCCCCUGGUGUGACGUCACAUUUCUUCAACGAAAUCGGCAAAUAUUUAUUUAAUAUUUUAUCAAAAUAUUUUUGACAAAAGAAAUAUUAGUAAUUUUAUAACUCAAAACUAAUUAAGAAAUAAAAUUAAACGAAUAAAAAUGAUUAUCGUUUCAAAACCUUGUUAUUUAAAUGAUAAUUAGCGUAUAAAAUAAUUUAAAUACAUUUUCGGUUACUGAUGAAGUUAAAGUGACGUCACAAAGUUUAUGACUCCCCCCUCCCCCUUGUCACAACAUGUCACAUUUUCUUGACCCCCUCCCUCCCCCUAAACGUGUGAUGUAAUUAAUGGAUGACCCCUAAUGCGUAUUUCGUUUUAAGUUUACCUAUUAGUAUUUUAAAAGAUAUAUAAGUACAGUAUAACCCACUUAAGAGGAUUCUGAAGGGAAGGCAACAAAAACGGGAAAGCGUAGGUAUUAACUGAGAAAAUAAUGGUAAAAACAAGUUGCAUAGACCGGUUAGAACCGUGUUAACGGGAAUAGUUGUUUGUUUUACAACGGGGGCAAAGUUGUUGUUUAACCGCUCAUGCUAAUAUUGAUACCCGAGCAAGCGAAAGAUUUCAAAAUUGAACCACGAGCGUAGUGAGUAAAUUGAAAGAUGUAAUUACACGUAAGGUGAUACAAAAACAUGUAAUUAGAUGUUAAAAGAAUUGGUACUAGAAAUAAAAUCAUUAACCAAAUUUAAGUUUUCCUUAUAAUAAUUAUGAUCAGUAAUUGACUAAUAUUGAUUUAUGCGUAGUGCCUUUUAACGGUGGCGGGAUUAUUUGUGUGACUUAAACAAUGAGAGUUCGUUUUGCUUUUUAGCACGAAUCUUUUGGUAAAUGAUGUUAUGUAUGUUGAAAAAUAAUAGUGUGGCCGAGAAUGUCUUUUUGAGUCUAAAUUGAAUGAGGUCUGGUCUACUCAAAAUUACGCUGCUAGAUUUACGUUUAAAAGAUUCAUUAAUUUUAGUUGUAGAACUAGUCCUGUUUGAAGUCUUUGCACGGCUCUAAACAUCUAGAGUCCUUUAGAAAGAUUUUGUCAUUAAUUGUGAUAGUUAGGUAGGUAUUUGUAAAAUUUCAUGUCUUUUCUGGAAAGCACUCAAAAGAAUAUUCUAGAUCUGGGUUUAACGUUAAACUCGCCUUUAAGGGUUGGAAACUUUCCAUACGAGGAAGGGCACACGUGAUUUAUUUCGUGAGGCUAGUCAAACGUUUAAACAGUCCUUACUUGUUGUUUACUACACUUAUUAUUUUUUGUUAAUUUAGAAAAGCAAUCCGAAAUAAAACGUUAUCCCUAUAACGUUGAAAUUUGUUUUAUGUAUAAUAUAUUAAUAUAGGUACAUACAAAUGUAUGUUUGCAUACAAAAUGUUUAGUGUGAUGUCUUCGAUUGAUGCUUAUUGUAAGGUAAUAUGUACUUUUAUUUUGAAAUAAACUGCAACUCUUGUUGUUUUA